AUGGUGCCGACAGCACUGGUGGCGGCCCUCGACAAAGCCUUCGGGACGUCGCGGGCCGACGCCAGGCGCCUCCCGUCGGCGCGGAAUCGCGUCGCCGCGCGUUCGGAACCGUUCCUGCGUGCCCUGCGGCGCUACUCUGAGCCGCAGAGCCUUCGGCGCUGCUCGUGCGCGCCUGGAGCGCCCGCUCUGGUCGACCUACGAGGCGCGGGAACACGCGCUGCGCCUACCGCUCGUGGCGUCUGCGCUGGCACAGGCGCGAGACGGGAUUGGCGUUUCUCGCCUGGAAACGAGGCGAUGGGCCACAACGCGUCCUCGCGGGCUACAGGCGUCGGACGGCUGCGCGAUGGGUUCCGACGACAUGUAUAUCGACUCGAGUGCGCCCACGCCAGCCCAAAGUCGCCGGAGCGCCUUGUACACGCGACCGCGUUUUGCCCGCGCGGGAGGAAAACCGAGACUUUGGGAGGUCACGGUCGUAGCUCCGCGAGAUCGAGGUCGAUUUACGCGAACCCGCUACGCGAACCCAGACUCUCUAAGUAUCAGUUAAAAGUCGGCUAUCCAUCGCAAGCGAAUACAUUGCAUAUAUUGGUAACAUCAGAACUUUUUCCCAUGGACUCGGGUCGGCCGACUGGCAGCCAAAAGAGCACCUCUUCAAAGAAGCGCCUUGGCCUAGAGCAUUCACUAAAACUGGCUAUGAUUGAGGAAAUGGGAAAUCUUUCAGUCGUCCUUCAAAUUGCCGACGACGAAGAUACUGCACAGCUCGGAGACAAUUGUGGCUACCACCAGAGCGCUUGCUGCCAGAAAGCAAAUGGUGCGAUAAUGUGUUACGAUCAAUCCAAUGACGAAGCGCUGCGUCGUGUGAGUCGACGGAAAGCAGAAUUCGACUCAGAUGUCACCUUUCGCAGUGGUGAUGUACUUCCAGUAGUUCUCGUCGCAACAAAAUGUGAUGGAACGUCGGCGAUUGACAAGAACGCUCUAGAUUUGUUUUGCGUCAAUAACGGCUUUGUUGCUUGGUUUCAAACAUCCGCUAAGACAGGGGAAGGUGUUGAUGCAGCCUUCAACUGUCUCACAUCAAACAUCAUGAUGUGCCAGGAUAGGUGGCGACACGAUGAGCGAUCGUAUGAGGAUAUCUUCGUUGAAAAUUGUGCUUGCGGAUGAAUUGGCGAACUGUUGGUCGCAUCUGACCAGGUAUUGAUACUGCAGAGCGCGCAAAAAACGAUACCCUCGCAAAGCGCCACGAACGGACGGCAGCCGACAACUCACAGCUACCAGCACGGCUCCUAGCGGCUACCACAAGCCCCGCCCCGUUUGGAUGGGGGCACAUCACUCGGCCCCACGAAAAUGUGGAUGUGAGUUGGAGGUGAACCAGGAAGAUAGAAGAGAGCAUGGACGCUACUCGUAAGGCAGACGCCGACAGGGGAAUUUUACCUUGCCCCGCCCCUUCAAAACUUUUCAAGUUGCCGUUAACAAAGAGGGGACUUAUAUUCGCUACGCAACUCGGCAGCUUAAGAGAGUCUCCUGCGUCCGUCAGGCCCCUC